AUGAGCGAGCUUAAUCCAACAAAUAUCGAGGCGCUCAAGCGCCGGAUGCAAUCCGUGUGCAGCGAUCCCGACAAGGGCCUUCCCGGGGUUUCCGUCGCUGUAGUUGGACGGGACGGCAAGCAACUGUUCAGCCAUGCUGCGGGGAAACGGGGCCAUGGAAGCUCUGAGCUCAUGUCUGUGGACUCGGUAUUUUGGAUUGCGUCGUGCACAAAGAUGAUUACUGGUAUUGCGUGCAUGCAGUUAGUUGAGCAGGGAAGGCUUUCUUUGGAUGAUGCUGGUCAAAUUCAUCGAAUUUGCCCUGAGUUUGAUGAUCUUCGGGUGCUCCAGGAAGAUGGCACCUUGGUGGAGAAGAAUAAGGGGAUUACUUUGAGGAUGCUCUUGACUCAUACUUCUGGAUUCGGUUAUACGUUUUAUAAUGAGAAACUGCGUGAUUACGCCCGACCCGCUGGUUUCGAUGAAUUCUCUGGAUAUGCUGAGGAAUUCAACCAGCCGCUGGUUCACCAGCCAGGGGAAGCUUGGGAGUAUGGCAUUGGCAUUGACUGGGCAGGUGUUGUGCUUGAGCGUGUCACAGGACAAUCGUUGAAUGACUAUUUCCAUCAACACAUCUUCGAGCCCAUCGGUCUCAAGCAUAUUUCAAUGCUCCCCACUGAAGAAAUGAAGGCGAACCUCGCGUACAUGCACCAGCGAGCGGCUGAUGGCCAGAUCUCUGUCCGCGAUCACCUGCUGCGGCGUGCAUUGACCGUGAAGAGUGAGAGUGACAUCAAGUCCUACUUCAACAGUGGUGGAGCCGGAUGUUUUUCUACUGCACAGGACUACUCCCAAAUCCUAGCCAUUCUGUUGAACGGAACCUCGCCGACAACAGGCAAACAGCUGCUCAAGAAGGAGACCGUAGACGAGAUGUUCCGGAACCAAAUCGAGAACCUGCCUCCUCUCGCUGAAAAGUAUUUCCCCGACGCGAAAGCAGAAUUCGUACAGUCUGGUCUCGGCCUUCACCCAACUGUGGAGGGAGAUCGACAGGGCUGGGGACUCACCUUCCUGCUUAGUGGAGGUUCCACAGGGCGAUCCAUUGGGACUGCACAGUGGUCAGGCGUAGCGAACCUUCGGUGGUGGUGCGACCGCGAAAAAGGCGUUGCAGGCUUUAUUUGCUCGCAGGUAUUGCCGUACGGCGAUGAACAGUUGUUCCAAUUGUCGCAAGAUGUCGAGACGGAGGUUUAUAAGGGUCUUGCUUUGUAG